GAGCUGUUUGACAGCUUCCAUGGCAACCCGAAGCUCCUGUCAAUCAAGCACCGCAGCUCAGCACGGAAGAGUCAAGUUCAGCAUCGAAGUCUCCGCGUUUAAACAUUGAAAUCAGCCUUAACCAGUGGACACUGAGGAUUUUGUGUCUGUACGGUACUGCUGAGUGGAUACUGGAUACUUGUCUUCAGCAACAGGCAAUGGCUGACAGAAGCCAUGGCAGAGCAGACAAAGAUGCAAAGGACACAGAUGAGCUUCUUUACACAGAUCUUCACAGCAGUGUGUCUGGACUGGACUCUCCUCCUCUCAAACUGGACCACUGCGACCGUCUCCUAGAUGCUAUUGAUGCUCAGCUUGGUCAGCUGCAGGUCCAGCCCCAGAAACAUCAGGCAAUUUCUAGAGAGCAUGAUUGCAGUGAUGCAGCUCCUCUCAACUGGAGUCAAUCUCUGAGCAAAGACACAGGGCUUGGGAGUACUACUCAAACAAAUGACACUCCUAUUUCUUGUCUUGAUUUGAUAAACACUCUGACAAUGGAGCAAACAUCAGAGAGUAGCACAGGUUGCCGGGACGGUCCCAUUACUCAUGAGGAAACUAAACUGAAAUUGGACAGAAGGACAAGAGACAAAGAGGAAAUAGAGACUCAGAGGGAGCAGGUGAUGUGGAGGCUCCAGAGGCUGCUUGGAGACACCUGUAACGAGGGAAGCAUGACAGGAGUAACCCAACCUCCUUCAGACAGCAUCUGCACUGAGGACUUUGUCCGAUGCUUCAGAGAUGAAAUGGUCGAAUUGGCAUUACCAGUGAGUAAUGUGCAGCAACUUGACAAAGAGGAAGAGGCUGAGAGGACAGAGAUACUUGACUGUGACACUUGCCAGAGUGAACAAAAAGGACACUGUAUUCUUAAUGUCGACAGAAGAGGAACAGCAAUGACUGGGGAAAGCAAUAAAGACACAGAGACUGCUCACUAUUGUCAAAGAAAGGAACUGGAGAAAUGUCUUUAUGACAGCUAUGGAGUUAAUACAUCAUGUAGUGAGCAAGCAGGAGCUGGAGAGACAUACAACACACCACAGAGGCUUGGUGAUGAUGGCAGUAGCAUCCACAGAACAGAGAUUGUAACAGAACAUGAAACCCUGCGGCAGAACAGCCGUUCUCCUAAGACCAGGAGCUUGGCAGGAGUACCUGUGUGGAGUUUUGACACCGUGUCCAUUGACAGUGACCUUGACUCAGUCUGCACAGAGCAAGUCAGGCAGCAUAUUCACAGGCAAACAGGAUGGCGCUCUCUCACUCUGUCUGUCACGGGCAUGGAUGACUACUGUACCAACCAGAGUGACUACGACACAUCCACACAGGAAGAAAGUGAACCUCGAUCUACAUCAGGCCAAAGAUCCUCUUAUGGAAAUGGACAUAACAGAAGUCCUUCUGUCAGUAAAGCACAGCGCAACAAGAGAGAAACUUACAGACUUGUGUGUUCUUUGGAGGACAAUGACACAGAUGAGGAAAUGAAUCACUGGCCUAAGAGGACAUCAGAUAAGAUGCACUCUGAUUGGGUGAAGAUGAAAGAGCGGCUCUCUACACUCCGACAAAAAUGUGAAAAGGAGGAGCAGACACUACAGAACAAGAAGACUCAGUUAAAAGAUGUUGAGCUCUGCCUCUCUGAACUUCAACACAGAAGAAAGCAUGCCUUGCAGGAAUUAGAGCAACUGACUGUAGAGACAGCGCAGAUGGAGAAGGAGACGAGGACUCUGGAAUUCGUUCUGAGAGACAGAAGGGCAGGGAAAGACUCUAUUAGUUGCCAGCUGCAUGAGCUGCAGAGGCAGAGAGAGUCCUGUAUCCUCGAGGUGAGAGACAUGAAAGAAGAACUCACAACUCUGAGUCAAAGUAAACAGACUCUUAAGGAUUCGGCCUUCACGGAGAGGCCCAGUGUCGUCAUGUCAGUGCUGGAGAGAGAGGAGAUGGAAAGACAGCUGGAUAAUGCCAAAACAGAACUGUUUGCUGAACAGCGACGUGCAAGAGAGAAGCAAGAGUCCAUGCAAGAAAAGUUGGAGGAGACUCGUGAAGAGCUCCAGAGGGUCACAGAGGCAGAGAGCGUACUGAGGAACAGCUGUCCUUGUCUGGAGGAGAAACAGAGGCAGAAAAAGGAUCACAUGGAGGCGGUAGAGUUUCAAGUAAGCGAGCUGCAGGGUGAACUGGGAGAAUGCAAGAUCAGAGUGGGCACUCAGGAGAAGAUGUUGGCCCAGAAGGAGCUGCAGCUACUAGAUUUACAGGAGCAACGUGGGGCCUUACAAGCAGAAAGUGAUGGGCUGAAGAGGGAGCUACAACACCUGAAAACCCAGCACUGCAAUGCACGGAAAGAGGACCAUGAGCAAGCUCAUAGAAUGAUGGAGGCAGCAUUAAAGCAGCAAAAGAAAGAAUUGGCAUUGGCUCAUGAGCAGCAAAUCCAAAAGGUUAAUCAACAGACUAAAGAGGAAAAGGCAAACGCUUUGAAAGAACAAGCUCUGUCUCUCACACGACACACUGAGGCCUUGAAAAGUUCCAUUCAGCUAAAAGAAGAAGAGGCAAAGACGCUGAGGGAUUCUCUGGAGCAGCAGAAGCAGGAGGCAAAGAACCGUGAAGAAGAGCUGCAUGUAGAAGCUUUGGAAAAGGUGCACAAAGCAAUAGAGGAGGAGAGGAGGAAGUGGGAGGCAGAAAAAGUGGAAGCAGUGCAGGUGCACUGUGGGAUACUGGAAGAGCAGAAUAGGAAGAGGCUGAAAAGCAUGAGGAGUGAGAUGCAGCGAGAGAAGAGUAAAGCACUGGCUCUUCAACAUAAAAUGAUGGAACUAAAAACUAGAAUACAGGAAAUGGAGAGUGAAAGCUGUGCGCAGCAGAGAGAGCAGAAGUCUUUGCUGGCUGUUAUUUGCAAAUCACUGAAAGAGGAGUAUCAGGCUGAGCUGCAGAAGUUGCAGAGACAGGUGGCACAGGAGAGUCAGAGGGCAGCGCUGAGGCUCGAGCAGGCUGCUCAGCUGGCAGAGAAAGAGGCUGACAGGCUCCGGGUGAUGCUGGAAGAAAGGGAGAGGAGCCAUAACCAAAUCACAGCUGAACUGGACCAGCAGCUCAGGCUCUGGGCCAAGGAGCUGGGAGCAGAGUGCCAGCAUCUACACCUCUUAGUGGAGCAGAGUGGAGCCAAACAAAGUUCUGUGCACCUAACUCCCAGUCCUACGGCAGCUGAGGCUCUAACAAACCUGAGAACACUAAGAGAGCAGUUGAAGCAAUUGAUAAACCAUCUACAACAGGAGCUUGAUUCACAGAAACAAACCACUGAGCAGCUGAGAAAAGACAAGGAGAGCGAAUUGAGCAUCCAGAGGCAACAGCUGAGGAUGAACAGAGACCAAGCCUUGGAUUCUCUAAAGGAGCGUCUCAUUCAGGAGCACAUUGAGGAGUUAAGCAGUCUGAACUGGCCUCAUAUGUGUGAUGGAGGUGCUGAGGGAGGAGGAGCGGCAGCAUCACUUCGCAAACAGCUGAAGGCCAAAGACCUAGAGCUCAGGCAGGUUCAGAGGAGCAUGGGUCAGUGGAAGGAACAGACUGCAGCUCGUCUGGCAUGCAAGUUUGAAGAAGAGUUGACAGCGGAACUAGAAAGGUGCAAGACAAAGUUGUUAAGGUGCAGAAAACCAUCAAAGACUCGAGAGGAGAGUCAGAGAAAGUGUGAGAGGCCUGAAGGACAGAUGAUGUUUAGUGCAAAGGAAGCUCAGAAUUCGGUUUGUUCUCCCUCCCUCCAUGUUGUGGCCUCUGCUGCCUCCCACAGCCCCUCAGACGUGGCUUCAUUUAAGCUUCUACGUUACCUCCAGAGCAGAGUCAAGCAGCUCCGUGUAGAAAACCAGACCUACACCCAGAGCCCAUCGCCUUCAAACACAAUCCCUUUAGAUUUGGCAGGAUCCUAUCUUACAACAAUCACUCAAGGUCAAGCCGUUCCUGGGAUUCAGAGUCACUCAUCCAUCAGGACAGUCUCAAGUUAGGACAUGGAGAUGAAGCCUGUGUGUGUUGCAAACACUAGUGAUAUAAUGGAAUGCAUUUCAAGCUAUUUCCUGUGGCCAGAGAAAUGAAUCAUUUACGGUUACAUAUACUUAAGAUUGCAAGUUAACGAGCAGGUCACAGUGACAAAUUACACAACCCAAGAUUUGGUCAUUAAGUUCCCAUUUUUCUGUUAAGGCAGUUCAGUUUUAUGGCUUCAGGUUAUAAUAAACUCUGAAUAAGCGAUGAACUGA